AUGGCAUCACCAACUGAAGCGAUGGUUCCCGCCAUACCACAAACUGCUUCGUUGGAACCCAGUACCUCCAAUACAUCACUCGCUGAUUCUCCAAUCUUGAACGAUUCAACAAGUACAUCUUCUUCGGACGCAAAUGGAGGAAGCACACCAGCAAAUACAUCUGCUAGCCGUACACCCUCUCUUAAGAGACCAAAGCUUGGCACUAGAAAGUCUAGUGGUACUAUAAUAGUACCGCGCGAACACCCGCGUCUGGAGCUCAAAGAAGGGGAUGAGGUUUUCGAUGAGGAUGAUGCAAGAGCAAUGAGUCCAAGAAGGAACAGUGAAGAUUUGGAGAAGAUUAGUCAAGAUACCAGAGCGCAACUCAGCGAACAUGCCAAACUUCUUCAACAAUCUCUCCUCGAGAUAUUCAAUCGAAUCGAAGCUGUUAAAGAAGAGCACGAUAAACUCGAUAACAACAACAAAUUCUUACAAAAGUAUAUCGGAGACUUAAUGUCCACGUCGAAGAUUACAUCAACUGGUGCUGGAGGCCGAAAGAAAUAG